AUGCCGAUACUGGGCAAGCAAGCAAGGAAGGAGAUCCUCAACCAAAGGCAUGAGUGGAUGCUGAACGAAAAUCAGUUGUCAACUCAAGACUGUCAUGCUGUAUUGGUGGAGGCCAAGGAUAGAUUCUUGGCAUGUUUGGAUGCACUGUCUGAAGAGGAUCCUGCCACAUUGGAUUCGAGCGAUAACCAGAUUGUGUUGUACUACCUUGAGGCUGUUUUGGUUCUAGGACACAUGCAACGGCCGAGUGUGGUGGAAAACAUGACUGUGAGUGAGUGGUUAUCAAGGUUCAAAGAACUUUCACCGGAGAAGGGUCAUCCACGUUGGGUGAUUGCGGUAAAGGAGCACAAGACUGCAGCAACACAACUGGCCUCGUUUGCGCUUUCACAGGAGCAGGAGCAAUGGUUUGAUAUCUACUACAGACGGUCACGGCCAGUCUUCCAGAGAGCCGGCAGGAAACGCAAGAGGGGUGAGGACAUUGAGGACGUUGAGGAUCCAAAAGAUUUAUUCUUCCUUUCCAGCACAGGGAAGGGGGUUCACCGGACCACCAAUGACAUUGCACGGUUGCAAAAAAAGUUCAAUGUCCCGGCAGUGAGCAGCAAGGUGGUACGCAGAGUCUUUGAGACGAGCACCAAGGAUAUGAGCGAUUCUGCAAAAACAUUGGUGGCGGGCUACCUUACCCAUUCAAAUGCGGUAACAGAGCAGCAUUACCGCUACCCCACACCUGGACAGCCUGUAAAGGGUAUACACAUUUUGAAAGGCAUGGCAUAA